AGGCUCCGUCAUUGAGCUGCAGGGAAGUGUUCGUUUCUGUCAAGUCCCAUAAGUCCAUGAAAUAAAGAAACACACGCGCGUACGAAUUACAGGAAACAUGGGUGUCGGAGAGAGCAGGACAAGAAAGGUCUCUUACGGUGUCGACGACGAGGACAGAGUCAGAAUUCUGCGCGGUAUCAAGCUGUCUGAAGAUGUCCUUCAGAGGAUGAGGGGAGACGCGAACGUUCCUCCUGGACGUUCCUCUCUGUCAGCCAGCCCUCAGGUGGACCUGGGCUCCUCUAACACCUCGCACUCCAAACCGAAGACACCCGACCCAAAGUCUAGCAGUAAAUCUGAGUCUAAAGGAGAACAGAGGAGGAAUGAGUGGCAGCAGAACACCUUGAAUGAGGAGCUGGAUAAAAAAGCUGAGAAAGAGAAGCAGCAGAUGAGAGAAGAGAUGAUGAAGGACAUACGCAGGAGAAAACAGCACGAGCGUGAAGAAGCUGAGAAGACCAAAGCACUGGCUCAGCAGCUUCAGAAGAAAGAUGUGCAGCUCAGAGCAAUGGACGCCUUCUACAAGGAGCAGCUGGCAAAACUGGAAAAGAAGAAUUUGUCCCGAUAUGAACAGAGUAAAGAGGAAUUCCAUGAAGCUGCCUCCAAGGCUGAGGCCAACGUGAGCGUCUGCAACACUACUCCAGUGUGUGUUGGCCUACAAGCCCAGAUCUUAUCCUGCUAUAAGGAGAACAGCCAUCAGACGCUGAGAUGUUCAGACCUGGCCAAAGAGUAUAUGCGGUGUAUCGAUAAUGCCAAAAAGACCCUGCUGGCCAACCACGGAUGAAGAGGAGGCGGAAAAGUGUGCAGGCUUUUAAGUGCGCCACCUGCUGCUUUUUUUUUUUUUAAGUCAAGCAUGUAACGUUCAUUUAAAAGGCUGCUGUAUUUUGUUUUUAUUUUUUCAACCAAU